AUGAGUAGGAAAUUAGACUCUAUAAAACUGUAUAGUGACGGAAUUGCUGCGAAUGAACUCCCACGAAAACAUUAUGAUGAAACAAUAAAUUCAUCAAGAGCAUAUCGUCUUGAUCAUGAUACAAAUGGAAUUGUUUCGCUUCGUGUUAUAAUUCAACCACCCAAACCCCGUGAAGAUAAAAAAAAACAAAAAACAGAGCCACGUGAUCUGAUACUGUUAGAUCGACGUGAAACAAUUUCAUUGUUAGUGCAAAAAGCACUUGUUUAUCGACUAGCAAACAAUAAUUCAACUAUAUCAAUCAAUCAGUUGCACAAGGAAUUAAAAAAAAUUAUUUUAUUAGUAGUGAAACAGAAAAUGCAACUUUUCUAUCUACGUUUCAGUGAUAGUCCAAAUUCGAAGUUAUUCACAGUUGAGCCUCAACAGCCAACAACAGCAGCAACUCCACAACCAACAAGAGCAACACCUCGAAGUCCAACGUUACCACCGAACAAAGAAGCCGAACGUAUCAUAUCAACAAAAUUAUUACGUUCGAUACCGAAAGUGUGCCCACGUGCAGCUCCAAAAGAAGCUAUAAAACUUAUUAUCAUGGUAUUCAAUAACGAUUCAAUAAAAGUUAGCCACGAUCUUUCUAAUGAUAUUGGACGUUUAUUAUCUUUGGAUAUAACUGGAACAUGGAAAUCGAAAUCUAGACAAGAUAGCUGGUUUACGGUGGAUGAUGAAUCAGUGUUUUCAUCUCGACAUGGACAAGACAUGGCCCGUAUGUGA